UUUGUUUUUAUGCGACAGUGUAGUAAACAUAAUAUUGAUCAUUCGCUCGUGAAAAUUUCUUUGGUGUUUAUUUUUCUGUGUUAAUACUGCAAUGUUUAGCUGCGAUCGAAGAAAUUAGUUAAAUAAAUGUGUCAUUAUAGUAUGCAUGCCUAAUUCUAGUAAUAGAGAUAGCAUAUAUUAUACGGCUGUUCAAAAUAAUGGAUGCCCUACAGCCUGCGACCAACGAAGGGAGUUUGGAGCAAAACAACAAUAAUGUGAUCAAUGAGAAUGAAGGUGCGGUUGGCGGUGUAUUGCAGCCUUCGCCUAUUGAUAAAGAUUUUGUUCCGCUGACCGAAGCAGAAGUAAGUAACUACUGGUCAGAAGAGGAAUUUGAUCGCGAUCCUCACAGAGCUAUGUUUUACGAUGCAUACCGCUCUACGGCAGGCAGCCCAGAAAUAGAUGAUUCCACUGAGGAAAAAGAUCUGCCUGGCGAACGAAAGCCACUAUCGCUGAUGGAUGAUUGGGAACUGUGGGACUAUAUGGACGAAGAGACGCUUAAGGAGCGCUUGAAAGAUCAUCCAGAGCUACUGGAACAAAUAACCCGAAAGCGGAAACGCCUAGCAGAGCUGGAAGAAGAUGACGACGAUCUGUGCAGUGUGAUGGAACGCAACGCAAAAGUGUCGAAGUAUAGUGAGCAUACCAGAGUUUACUAGUGCGUAGUCUGUUUCCAGUUUCAGUGUAUAAAUUUUAACUUAUAUUUUACAUCGGAUUGUGAGCUAUUGUAGCAUAUAGAAAACAUUGUAUAGUUAGGUGAUUAUCAUUUUGAAUUUGUAAUCAUCGUAAAUGUAAAUAUAUUUUUUGAAUUUUCUUCCUAUCGAG